AUGACGUGGGCUGAUAGACACAUUUUACCUAGCGUUAGUUCUUGUGGAGGGGUGUACGUGCCCGUGGGUGCCAGACCCCGCAGCAAGCAGAGCGUGACUGACUGCAUCGUGUUCAUGCAGGAAUGUUUGCUAGAUUUAGCUAAUUAUACUACCGACACGACUGGUGUGAUUACAGCUUUAGCUAAUUAUACUACCGACACGACGGAUUUGAUUAAAGAUUUAGCUAAUGGCACGACGGAUGUGAUUAAAUAUUUAGCUAAUGACACGACGGAUGUGAUUAAAGAUUUAGCUAAUGGCACGACGGAUGUGAUUAAAGAUUUAGCUAAUAACACGACGGAUGUGAUUAAAGAUUUAGCUAAUGGCACGACGGAUGUGAUUAAAGAUUUAGCUAAUGACACGACCGGUGUGAUUAAAGAUUUAGCUAAUGACACGACUGAUGUAAUUAAAGAUUUAGCUAAUGACACGACUGAUGUGAUUAAAGAUUUAGCUAAUGACACGACCGGUGUGAUUAAAGAUUUAGCUAAUGACACGACGGAUGUGAUUAAAGAUUUAGCUAAUGACACGACCGGUGUGAUUAAAGAUUUAGCUAAUGACACGACGGAUGUGAUUAAAGAUUUAGCUAAUGACACGACGGAUGUGAUUAAAGAUUUAGCUAAUGACACGACCGGUGUGAUUAAAGAUUUAGCUAAUGACACUACUGGUUUGAUUACAGAUUUAGCUAAUGACACGACCGGUGUGAUUAAAGAUUUAGCUAAUGACACGACGGAUGUGAUUAAAGAUUUAGCUAAUGACACGACUCAUUAA